AUGGUUUGCGAACAUCUUGGGUGUCCUCUUCAUCAGCACACUUCACCGUCUAGUUCUGUUUCCUCUGCAGCAUUUGCUUGCUUUUCAAAGCCACGGCGAACAGGACCCUCGAACGCCCCUGGCCUUCCGCGCAUCCCACGCCCAUCUCGGACGCUCUCUCUACCCAAAGCAUUCAACUUUGACUCUCGUCACCAAUCUCACCACAUUCGCUCGGAUCGACCUCACCACCUCGCAAUGGCUGCCUCAGUAAACUGCCAACAUUCUUUCAAGGUUGUCAAAUCUGACACAACCGUCGUCGUAUGGAACUGCAACAUGUGCCACUCAGGGCCCCACUCUUUGAUUUACGAGUGCUCAAGCUGCAAGCUGAAAACAUGCCAGGCAUGCGCUUCAAAAGCAUAG